AUGGUGAAUGGUCGAGCCAAACCCUCUUCCCCCGUGGUAUCAGGCCCCACGGGGAGGGCUCCGCCUGGGCAGACAGUGAGCUUCACCUGCGAGUCCCACGGCUUCUCCCCCCGAAACAUUGUCCUGAAAUGGUUCAAAGAUGGGAAUCAGCUCCCAGCCUUCCUGACCACCAUGAACCCAGAGGGAGACAGCGCUUCCUACAGCGUCUCCAGCACAGCCAGAGUGGUGCUGGCCCCGGGGGACAUUCGCUCUCAGGUGGUCUGCGAGGUGGUCCAUGUCACCCUGCAGGGGAGCUCUCCUCUUCGUGGGACGGCCAACUUGUCUGAGACCAUCCGAGUUCCGCCCACUGUGGAGAUUACCCACAACCCUGUGCCAGGGAACCAGGUGAACGUCACCUGCCAGGUGAAGAAGUUCUACCCCCAGCGCCUACAGCUGACCUGGUUGGAGAACAGAAACAUAUUCCAAACAGAAACGGCCUCAACCCUCACAGAGAACAAGGACGGAAACUUUAACCGGAUGAGUUCGCUCCUCGUGAAUUUACCUGCCCACAGAGAGUAUGUGGUGCUCACCUGCCAGGUGGAGCACGAUGGGCAGCCGGCGGUCACCAAGCACCUUAUGCUGGAGGCCUCUGUCCACCCGAAGGACCAGAGCACAGAUGAACCCCCUGAUAAGGCCCCCACUUCCCUAGAGGCACCCACACUCCUUGGCUAA